AUGUAUCCGAGACACGUCCAGCCGGCCUGGAGGCUCCGGAGCGACUGUCAGAUCACAGCCAGGGCUGGUGAGAUGCGCGCGACGCACGUGGCCGCUGACGAGGCGGAGCCUUCACCCACCAGGCUCAACCAUUGGACGAGAACAGCCUUUGAUCGGCCGCCGGCAACUAACGACAUCUCUGUGUGCUUAAGCUCAUUCAUACAGCCGUGUCUUAGCUGCCGUCGCGGCGCGGCGAACUCUCGGCCUGCAUUAUUACUAGCAGCCGACGCACACAGACGAGGUUCACACACGCUCUCGUUUCCGCACACGCGCCCCCAUAUAAUGUCAAAGGGUGAGCGCGCCGCCUCACAAAGCGUGCAUCGGAUCGGUGGCGCUAAUGAGAGCCGCGGUGAGCACACGUCACCGACACCCUGGACGUGGGAAGCAGCCCGGCCUGGCCUGGAGGGUAGCGGGGGCAGGAGUGAUGGAGGGACGAGGGAGGGGUAG